CAAGCAAGCACCCACGCCCACCCCACAAUGUCCUCGCACGCCAACCUCAGCGCCGCAACCUCCGACCGCAAAGCGCGGCUCGCGCAGCUCAAAUCACUCAAACGCAAAGCCGCCGACGAGGCACCACGCGACGACACGGACGCCUCCCCCUCCAUCGACGAAGGCGAGCUCCCCGACGCCGCGGCCACAAUCCUCUCGGGGCGAAACUACGACGCGCAGACCAAAGGCCCCAAGCUGGGCUUCGAAGAGAACCCCGCCGCAAACCAGGCGACGCUCGAGGCCGCCGCCGCCAAGCUUGCUGCCUCUGCGCGCGCCGACGCCGCCAAGGCCGAGGCUGAGGACCGCCCGCUCGACCUGUUUAAGCUGCAGCCUAAGAAGCCCAAUUGGGACCUCAAGCGCGAUCUGCAGCGCAAGCUGGAGGUGCUCGAUGUUAGGACUGAGAACGCGAUUGCGAGAUUGGUGAGGGAGCGCAUUGCGGGGGCGCAGGAGGCUGCGAGGGAGAAGGCUGGCCCGGCGGCUUUGCGCGAUGGUGGGGAAGGGGAGGAUGGCGGCGAGAGGGCGGGCAUGGGGGGAAGUGAGUUGGUGGAGGCGAUGCAUCAGAGGGAGAGGGAAGAGGCUGAAGAUGAGCGGAGGGAGAGACAGGCCGAGGACGAUGAGGAUGAGGCAUAG